AUGGUACCGUCAUUCUCCUACAAUGUCGACGCUUGCAUCCAUGCGAUUAGCCUCGUUGCGAAAUCCCCAUCAACGCCGCCCUUGCUGUCAUACACGAUGAAGGACAUUCUUAUUGAUGGCAAAUAUCGCGUGGACCGCAAAAUAGGGCAGGGUGGCUUUGGCCUUGUUUACUUGGGCACUGAUAUCCGAUCGAAUGAGGAGGUCGCAUUAAAGCUUAUGCACAUUCGAGACGAAUCCGACGCUCUCCAGACCGAGGCAGAGGCGUACAAGGCCUUGUCUGGCGGUGUCGGAAUGCCAAAGUUCCUGUGGUUCGGACAAGAGUGCGAUUACUUCGUACUAGUCCACGAACUUCUCGGCCCUUCGCUUGAGGACUUGCUCAACUACUGUGACCGGCGCUUUUCGCUCAAGACCGUCCUGCUCAUUGCAGACCAGGCUAUCACUCGACUUGAGUACAUCCAUUCCAAGGGUCUUCUGCAUCGGGAUGUCAAGCCCGAUAACUUCCUCUUGGGGGUUGGUAAGCGGGGAAACAUAUUGUACACCAUUGACUUUGGCCUGGCAAAAGAGCACUGCGACAUACCAAAGUGGCAUGAAAAAUUUGACGGGAACCGCCCUCUCUGCGGCACUAGUCGGUACGCCAGCAUCAACAACCACGAGGGACGCGAACAAUCCUGGAGGGACGAUUUAGAGUCCUUGGGCUAUACGCUUAUCUACUUUGCCCAUGGAUCAUUGCCGUGGCAGGGCAUGAAAGCCGCAACCAGUAAAGACAAAGUGGAGCUUGUCAGAGAGAAGAAGAAGAGCACGCCGGUGGAAACGCUCUGCAGUGAGCUCCCAGAGGAAUUUGCCACAUAUAUCAACUACACGCGGUCGCUCGGCUUCGAGGACAAGCCGAACUAUGCAUAUCUUCGUCGACUGUUCCGCCGCCUAUUCAUAUCAAAGGGUUUCAAGUACGACAACGUAUUCGAUUGGACGGAGAAAAGAUUCUACGAACUAUGUGAAACGGCCGGCGAGCUGGAAAUGGAACAAGAGUCAGACUCAAAGGAUAUGUGA